AUGUCAAAAGCAAUUCCUCUAAAGGGAUCUACGAGGGUAAUCACCGAGUUCUUUGAAUACAGUAUUAAUUCGAUACUUUAUCAGCGUGGUGUUUACCCAGCUGACGAUUUUUCACCUGCCAAGAAGUAUGGUUUGACGUUACUUAAGACCCAUGAUGAUGAACUUAAGAGUUACAUCCGUAAAAUUUUGCUUCAAGUACAUAAGUGGCUCCUAGGAGGCAAGUGUAAUAAGCUAGUUCUAUGCAUUGUUGAUAAAGAUGAGGGAGAGGUAGUGGAAAGGUGGGCCUUUGAAAUCUCUCAUUUGAGUCAAACAGAUGAUUCUGAGGAUAUCAAAGACGAGGCGAACACUAAGACAGAAACGCAAAACCAAAUACGAGGCUUGAUUAGACAGAUUACAGCAAGUGUCACCUUCCUUCCUGAGCUGACCAAGGAAGGUAGUUAUACAUUUAAUGUUUUGGCAUACACUGACGCCUAUGCCAAAGUUCCGCUAGAAUGGGCGGAUUCCGAAAGUAAAGAAAUAGUAGAUGGGGAAAUCGUACAACUAAAAGAAUUUUUAACUGAAGAUCAUAAAGUUAGUGCUCAAGUCAGUUAUAAAACUUGA